AUGUCGACGUUGGAAGAAUAUCUAAACAAAAAAUAUGAGGGUGUGACUUCCGUUCCGACUGAAGGAAAAGGUUAUGCAAUCAUUGAUGAAGAAGAAAUCACUAGUCAAUGGAAAAAGGUUGCCUCCGCUGACGAAGAUGAACUAAAGGAGUUGGCUGCUAUAGCUGAAACAGAAUCAAAUGCAAGCAAAUGGAAAAAGAUUACAGAUUAUGAGGAUGAAGACGAAGUCCCGCAGAUUGCACAAAUCAUUGACGAGACAGCGUCAUCAAUAAAUUCAGAAUCAACAAAACGAACUAAAAUAAAACGAAGUAGAUCGCCUUCAUCAUCACCUGCCGGGAAAAUAUCCUCCUCUUCUACUAUGAUGUCAACUGGACUGCAGUCUGCGGAAAAGGUACGUAAAGAGCACGAAUUACGACAAAAAGAAAUUAAAGCGGAACUUGAGAGAAUGGAUCCAGAGUUAUCGGGUCGGAAUGCUCAAACGGUAUAUCGUGAUAAAACGGGAAGAAAAAUUGAUAUAGCUGCUCAACGUGCUGAGGAGCGUAAAAGAAUCGAGGAAGAAGAGAAAUUAAUGAAAUGGGAUGACAGAGAUCUGAAUGAAGAACUGAAAGCAAAGGAACGUUGGAAUGAUCCUGCUGCGCUCUUCUUAUCAAAAAAAAAGAAAACUGGCCAACUUAAACGACCGAAAUAUGAAGGACCACCGCCGCCACCUAAUAGAUUUAAUAUUCAGCCAGGAUAUCGAUGGGAUGGAAUAGGCAAGAAAAUUUACUACCUUUUCUCUUCAUAG